CCAUAUACCAGACAGCAUUUUCGAUACCGAUAGUUCUUUUCGUUGCCAGGAGAAUUGAACAAUCUCAUUGCGCGGCAGCAAUGACAACAUCCCCUGCUCGGUGCACAUUGCUUUUGGUUGUUUUUGCGAUCGUCACAGCCGGCGUCGUCAGUGAUUCCCCACUUAGCACUGAUGCCCUCCGUAGCAAUGCUUCCCUGACAGUCACAACGAAAUCGCACGCUAGCUUUAUGGAAGCCCUGUCGACUUACAGUGCUCCCGCAUAUGACGUGAAAGAGCUGCGUGGCGGGAAAAUCAAUAUGAUCAGCCUUCAGUUUGCUAUUACUUCUGGGAUUCUUCUCGCUUUUAACAGCGGAUACAUCAAUGGCUGCUGUUUGAAAGGAACUCUCCUCAAUACGAAGCAAGCUGUCGCCGCUGUUACAGGAGCGUAUACGACGUCAGCUUUGGGUCUUGCUAGCGGUAACACCGAUCAAUUCCGUACUCAGCUUACCGUGCUAGCGAGCUACAUUGGAGGAUCGACCAUUGCUGGAAUAUUGAAUCCUAUUCCUGUUCCCUUUCAGAUGUCUUCUUCGAAUGGGCUUGCGUUUUUGGUGGCCUCUGCUUUGCUCUGGAGUUCGAGUAGCUUGGCGCAAAAGGGAUCCGCAAAUAUUCUGGUCUUCUGCUUGGCAGCGACUGCCAACGGAAUACAAAACAGCGUGACUUCCGCGCACACGUCCAACUUGAUCCGAACGGCACACUUUUCUGGAAUAAGUUCAGAUAUUGGAACCUUUCUGGGUCAGGUGCUACGCGGUAACCGUCAAAAUCUACACAAGCUGAAAAUAUUUUUGGCUUUAGCCGUGUCAUUCUGGUCGGGUGGCUUUCUCUCCUUUUUCGUGUCGGAUCGUCUAGGAGCCACAUGCCUUGUACCAAGCGCCGUACUAUACACAACAAUUGGAUUAGGUUUAAUCUUAUUGGGUUAAAAGUAACCACG